AUGUCCGAGUUCUGGCUGAUUUCUGCCCCUGGCGAUAAGGAAAAUGUACAAGCCCUGGAGAGGAUGAAUACUGUAACUUCCAAGUCCAACCUGUCUAAUAAUACCAAAUUUGCUAUUCCCGACUUCAAGGUGGGGACCUUGGAUUCCCUUGUUGGUCUCUCUGAUGAGUUGGGAAAACUCGAUAUCUCUGCUGAGAGCCUCAUAAAGAAAAUGGCUCAGAGUGUGGUCGAAGUGAUGGAAGAUGCAAAGGGGAAGGUUCAGGAGAACCUCUUGGCUAAUGGAGUGGACUUAACAUCUUUUUUGACACAUUUUGAAUGGGACAUGGCCAAAUACCCUGCAAAGCUGCCGCUGGUGACCGUGGUGGACACACUAGCAAAGCAAUUAGUGCAAAUUGAGACAGAUCUGAAAUCCCGAACGGCCACUUACAACACUCUGAAGACCAAGCUGGAGAACCUGGAGAAGAAGUCAAUGGGCAACCUCUUCACUCGGACACUCUGCGAUAUUGUGAACAAAGACGACUUUGUGCUGGAUUCUGAAUAUCUCAUCACACUCCUGGUCAUUGUUCCCAAACCAAAGUACACGCAGUGGCAAAAAACCUAUGAAUCCCUCUCGGACAUGGUGGUGCCUCGGUCGACCAAACUGAUUGCUGAGGACAACGAGGGUGGCCUCUUCACUGUGACCCUGUUUCGAAAAGUGAUUGAAGAUUUCAAGACCAAGGCCAAAGAAAACAAGUUCAUAGUCCGUGAAUUUUACUAUGAUGAAAAAGAAAUUAAAAGGGAAAGGGAAGAGAUGACCAGACUGCUGUCUGAUAAGAAGCAACAGUAUCAAACUUCCUGUGUUGCUCUUAAAAAGGGAUCAUCUACCUUCUCGGACCACAUGGUUAAGGUAACCCCGCUAGGUAACCCUGAUAGGCUCGCUGCGGGGCAGACCGACAGAGAGAGAGAGAGUGAGGGCGAGGGUGAGGGCCCCCUGCUGCGCUGGCUCAAGGUGAACUUCAGUGAAGCCUUCAUUGCCUGGAUCCACAUAAAGGCCCUGAGAGUGUUUGUGGAGUCCGUGCUCAGGUACGGACUCCCAGUCAAUUUCCAAGCAGUGCUUCUACAACCUCAUAAGAAGUCUUCCACCAAACGUUUAAGAGAAGUGCUAAACACCACCUUCAGACAUUUGGAUGAAGUAGCGGCUGCAAGUAUAUUGGAUGCAUCCGUGGAGAUCCCUGGAUUACAAUUUAGUAACCAGGAUUACUUUCCUUAUGUCUACUUCCACAUUGAUCUCAGUCUCCUUGACUAG